AUGGCUACAAUAUUGUUGUUACCCGACAUUACCCAGCAAUGGGUCAGGAGCAAAGGAAGAUCAGUGGUAUUGCGAAUGAUUCACAAGAACCAAAAAGCCAUACUGGAAUGCCUGCUGAAGUCUGGGAAGUUGGAUGUCAAUACGGCUCUUAGGAGGUCCAGGUCUUACGAGUCCAGUCUUCUUUACAUUGCCGCUGCCCAGGGGAAAAGCGAGAUUGUAGGGCUUUUGCUCGGAUUUGAGACCAUUAAUCUUGACCUGAAGGUGUAUAACGAGACUUCAUCGCCGCUGGGUAUUGCUGCUUUGAAUGGACAUCUCCAGAUUGUCGAAAAGCUCCUCCAAUUCCCUGGUAUUGUUGUCGAUGGCAAAAAGGUGCACCAAGGGAAGGCAACAACAUCUCUGCAUCUUGCAUGUCGCCGAGGACAUGUAGAAGUCAUACGGCUGAUGCUCAAAGCCUUCGACGACCGAGGACUCGAUGUCGACGUCCAGGACACAUCUAAACUUCGGAUGACGCCACUGCAAAACGCUGUAUACGGUGGACACACAGACACGGUAGCGCUCUUGCUACUUCGACAGGACGUCGAUGUCAAUCGAACCUUUGGUCCCUCAAGAAUGAGCUUGUUGCAGGCGGCAGCACAGGGUGGUCAUGGCAGAACGUUGAGUGUGUUGCUGGGGCAUGGCCGAGUUGAUCGAAACGACGUGAGAAACAGUCGACAGUCGCUAUUGUCUGAAGCGUUAUCGGGGGGACACUGGUGUCUGAUGGAAAUCCUAUUCGAUUACGAAAGUGGCCCCCUGAAUAUCAUUCGCCAAAGCUUAGAUCUUGCGACAGAGCCGUCUGGAAAGUGUGUCGAUAUCUUAGAAAAAGGGCUACUCGAAAUAGCGUCUCUUCCAACCCAGGACAACACUCUCUGGCAUCGAGCUGCCCGUACUGGUGACCUCAGUUUGGCAAUGCUCUUACUUGAACAUGCCCAAACGUACGACGCUUGCACCCAAUCCAUGGUGGAUGUCAAUCGUAGGAACCGGCAUGGUCAAGCACCAUUACAUGUCGCCGUGGACUCUGGAAAGAUUGGCAUCAUAGAGCUCCUACUCCACCACAAACAAAUCGAUAUAGAUCUCACUAUCAAGUCACGUUAUGGCUGGAACAACGGCUCUGCUAUAGUCAUCGCAAAGAAAGAGUACCAAAGGUACUGGCACUAUCAGAAGGGGGAGCGUGCUUACAUAGUAGAUCUUUUGCUGGCCCAUGGUGCACGGACUGCAUCGCGCGAUCGAGCAGACACCGCACACAAAGUCGUUCUCCCACCCUCAGCUAUGGGUUUGAAAGAGUAUGUGCAACACUUGCCUGAGCACUGCGAGGACCUUAGAGUGAAAAACCAUGCGUCAUGGGCUUCAGUCGUUGAAAUACAUGAUGGUGGUGGCGGACCUGAAAGAUCGAACGUGGAAGACAAGCAUGCAGUUGGCGAUAUCAUCCCAAUCGAUGCGGAUGAUUCGACGGUAGAAGACCCUGACGCCAUAUUCGAGGAUUGGAUGUGCUUUGACGAUGAAGAAACGUCCGACAACAACAGCUUGGAGAUAUGGGAGCGAGAGGUGUCUCUUGUGUAG